AGCAGAGUCAAUUGCAAACAUCACAUGUCACACUCAAAUUAGGUUAUAUUCCUGUCUGUAAACAACUUCAAAAAUUGAAAUUUGAAAGUCAUUUGUAAACAUUUUUUAAUAAAAUGAGUAGAUUAUUUGGUGAAAUUGUAGAACCCAGUACAAGAGCCUUAAUUGACGAUGAUAUAGAGGAAUAUCCUGAUUAUUUAGGUUUUACACCCGAAUGGGAAGGAAACGCGACUGUUCCCAAACAAAUCAAUUCCUUGAUUGUUUUAGAGUCGAAUGUUAUCAAAGAUGUUGUUAACAAUUGCGUACUUGCACAAGAGAAGUCCAUCUGUAAACUCGAGAAUGGAGGUAUCGAAAUUUUUCAGUUACCGAAUAGUAACUACAUAAUUUUAUACAACGAAAGGAAAGGAUUGAAUCCAGGACAAAUUGUUGAAAUACUCGAAAAAUGGAUUGUAACAUCGAAGACGAUAUACACCGUUACAACAGACUCUAUUUACAAUUAUCAAAGCACUAAUAAUUACAAGGAAAAACCUGUAUCACUCGUUAGAGUUAUAUCGAAUGUGGAUAAAAAACGUAACAACUUGGAGCAACCAAACUUAGUAACAGGAUUAGGUGCCACUAUUUUGGAAUAUUGCAUUCACGAAUCCAUAAAAAAAUGCACUCUUUACAUUAUUUACAUGGAUAAAUCCCCGUUGGAUUCUUUCAGUUGCACACCUAUUUUCAAUGUAUUUACUGAAAUAGGAAUUCCUAUUAACAACAGAAAUAUCAAAGCCAGGGAAUCGUCGAAUAAUUUAUACAUGUAGGAAAGAAUAAAGGAAGAUGCAUUUUUAAUUCAUGUCUUAUUUUUAUUACAAAUGGAGUUAUCACAAAUAAGAAUGUAAAUUAAUACGUUGUUGCCUUUUUCAUUGCUUCAUUUUUUUGUUAUUCUUCGUGGUUAUUUAAAUACAAAAAGUGACAUAAUAAAAAUUACCUAUAAAACCCUAAUUUAAAAUUAAUUUUUU